AUGUUCACUGCCGGGGGAUCACCACCCCUAUUCAUUCGCGAAAAUAGCCGUACCAUAAAAACGGGCAACGAUGCACUCAAAUUCGACGUCGCCGAGCCCCCAAACUGGUCAUACUCCCCAGGCGACACCAUCAUGGGCAACCUAGUGCGCAAGGAAGGGAUCGUCUCACCAGAAGCCACCGUCAAAGUAGGCCUAGUCGGCCGCGCGGUGACGGAGAUUAUCGAGUCAGGCAACCAGCGCAGCACCCGUCACCACACUGGCGGAUGUUCCUAUCUGGGCUUGGAGCAAGAUGUUCUCUUCAAGGGACCUCUGCAUCUCCCCGAAGGCAUUCAGCCCGGGGGCGUCGCCACCGAGCCGCUUAGCUGGCCUUUUUCUAUCAAAAUACCCACUGAGCCGGUUGAUAUGCGCAACAGGGGUCUUUCAGAGGAUUCCUUUAUCGAGUAUUAUCUGACUGCUCAGCUAAGAUAUAAGUAUGGCAGCGAAUCGAAGACCAUCACCGCAACAUGGCCGAUUACUCUUCGACAUCCGCCAGAGGGCAUCGACCAGGUCGGGCAGCUGACGAAGACGUCAACGCAACGACGAAUCCAGAGCCAGCGACUCGUUCCGGGAAUGAGGCAUAGGGGUCUUUCAUUCAAGCAAAAGAUGCAGAAGUCUUUCGGGUCGUCUAAGGUUCCCGAGUUUUGCUUCAAGUUCAACAUCACCUACCCGAAAAUCAUUCAGUUUGGCAAUCCAGAACCAAUCCCGAUUAUCUUCGAGAUCGAGCCAUUACCCCGUAAAACUAGUGAAGAGAUCAGAGACGUCUCACAGAGAAUCGAGAUUACCUCUGUCAAAAUGUCCAUCUCGAGCUGGACAUAUAUCCGCUCAAACUCGAAUCUCCACAGCGACACGCAAACAUCAUCCCAUGAUCUGGGCCUUGAGAAGGUGCUAGAGACACUAGAAUCACCGUUAGAAAUAUACACUGCAGACGGCAGGGCCGAUAAACCGAUCAAUUUAGGGAAUAUGUUCCAGCUCACACUCCAUCGGAGCGGGUUGAAGUCUGGCAAUAAAAAUCUUUCGCUAAAAGCUUACUCAAGGUGUCCCGUACUGUACCCGGAUUUUGUCACAUAUUGCAUCAGGCACAAGAAUUCGCUGAUGUGGGAAAUAUCUUUGGAUGUGGCGGGGGAGAAGCACAGGAUUACGAUAACUACGGGAGACUUGAAACUUAUAUCUCCAAACUGA